GUGUGUUGCUGCUGUUCCGCUCUGAGACCUCGCUACAAACGCCUGGUGGACAACAUAUUUCCUGAAGAUCCAAAAGAUGGCCUUGUUAAAGCUGAUAUGGAGAAAUUAACAUUUUACGCAGUAUCUGCUCCUGAGAAACUGGACCGUAUUGGUGCUUACCUGGCUGAGAGGUUGAGCAGGGAUGUUGUCAGACAUCGAUCUGGGUAUGUUUUAAUUGCUAUGGAGGCCCUGGACCAACUUCUUAUGGCCUGCCAUUCUCAGAGUAUCAAGCCAUUUGUAGAAAGUUUUCUUCAUAUGGUAGCCAAGCUGCUGGAAUCAGGGGAACCAAAGCUUCAAGUUCUUGGAACAAAUUCUUUUGUUAAAUUUGCAAAUAUUGAAGAAGACACACCAUCAUAUCACAGACGUUACGACUUUUUCGUAUCCCGCUUCAGUGCCAUGUGUCAUUCCUGCCACAGUGACCCUGAAAUACGAACAGAAAUCCGAAUUGCUGGGAUCAGGGGCAUUCAAGGUGUCGUUCGCAAGACAGUUAACGAUGAGCUCCGCGCUACCAUCUGGGAACCUCAACAUAUGGACAAAAUUGUUCCAUCUCUGCUGUUUAACAUGCAAAAGAUAGAAGAGGUCGACAGCCGCAUCGGCCCUCCUUCCUCUCCCUCAGCAGCUGAGAAGGAAGAAAACCCUGCAGUGCUGGCUGAAAACUGCUUCAGAGAGCUGCUGGCCCGGGCCACCUUCGGGAAUAUGAAUAAUGCUGUUAGGCCAGUUUUUGCGCAUUUAGAUCAUCACAAACUAUGGGAUCCCAAUGAAUUUGCAGUUCACUGCUUUAAAAUUAUAAUGUAUUCCAUUCAGGCCCAGUAUUCUCAUCACGUGAUCCAGGAGAUCCUAGGACACCUUGAUGCUCGUAAAAAAGACUCUCCACGGGUCCGAGCAGGUAUUAUUCAGGUUCUGUUAGAGGCUGUUGCCAUUGCUGCUAAAGGCUCCAUAGGACCCACAGUGCUGGAAGUUUUUAACACGCUGCUGAAGCACCUGCGACUCAGUGUGGAAUUUGAAGCCAAUGAUUUGCAGGGGGGCUCUGGAAGCAGUGCCAACUUGAACACAGGUUCCAAAGACAACGAUGAGAAGAUAGUGCAGAACGCUAUCAUCCAAACAAUAGGGUUUUUUGGAAGUAACCUGCCAGAUUAUCAGAGGUCAGAAAUCAUGAUGUUCAUUAUGGGGAAAGUCCCGGUGUUUGGAACCAGCACCCACUCUCUGGAUGUCAGCCAGCUUGGGGAUUUAGGGACCAGACGGAUUCAGAUAAUGUUGCUGAGAUCUUUGCUAAUGGUAACCUCGGGAUACAAAGCUAAGACUAUUGUUACUGCCCUGCCUGGGUCUUUUCUGGAUCCUUUGUUAUCACCAUCCCUCAUGGAAGAUUAUGAACUGAGACAGUUAGUCUUAGAAGUCAUGCAUAAUCUCGUGGAUCGCCAUGACAAUAGGGCAAAGCUUCGAGGGAUCAGAAUAAUACCAGAUGUAGCGGACCUAAAGAUAAAAAGAGAAAAAAUUUGUAGACAAGAUACAAGUUUCAUGAAAAAGAAUGGGCAGCAGCUCUAUCGGCAUAUAUACUUGGGCUGUAAAGAAGAAGACAAUGUUCAGAAAAACUAUGAGCUACUUUAUACUUCUCUUGCUCUCAUGACUAUUGAGUUGGCAAAUGAAGAAGUGGUUAUUGAUCUCAUUCGGUUAGCCGUUGCUUUACAGGACAGCGCCAUCAUCAAUGAGGACAACCUGUCCAUGUUCCACCGUUGCGGGAUCAUGGCUUUGGUCGCGGCGUAUCUCAACUUCGUCAGCCAGAUGAUCGCUGUCCCUGCAUUUUGCCAGCAUGUUAGCAAGGUUAUUGAAACUCGAACUAUGGAAGCCCCUUAUUUUCUACCAGAGCAUAUUUUCAGAGAUAAGUGCAUGCUUCCCAAGUCUUUAGAGAAGCAUGAUAACAAUUUGUACUUUCUGGUCAAUAAGAUCUCAGAGUCCCUGGGCGGAAGCGGCUAUAGUGUGGACAGGCUUUCGGUGCCCUACGUCCCGCAGGUCACAGAUGAAGAUCGACACUCUAGAAGAAAAAGUGUCGUGGACACCGUAUCCAUUCAGGUGGACAUUUUACCCCACAGCUUUCCUUCUGAUGACGUGGUGAGUAACACGGAAGAAAUCACCUUUGAAGCAUUAAAGAAAGCUAUUGAUACCAAUGGGAUGGAAGAGCAGGAAAAGGAGAAAAGACGUCUCGUGAUAGAAAAAUUCCAGAAAGCACCGUUUGAAGAAAUAGCAGCACAGUGUGAAUCCAAAGCAAAUCUGCUUCAUGAUAGACUUGCUCAAAUAUUGGAACUCACCAUACGCCCGCCGCCCAGUCCAUCAGGAACACUGACCAUUACUUCUGGGCAUGCCCAGUACCAGUCUGUUCCGGUCUAUGAGAUGAAGUUUCCAGAUCUGUGUGUGUACUAAGCAGCUCAUGAAGACCUCAGCAUAGGAUUCUAAAGGCUACAAGUUGAGGCCAAACUGAGUUUUUAGGAUUUACUUUACUGUGUAGUAACACAUUUCUUGAAAAUAAUGAUGGAAUCUAUUUUUAACCAAAUGCUUAGCAUACCGUAGCAGAAAUUUGGAGCGUAUAUAAUUUAGCCUACUUUUGAAGAUAGAUCUAUGCCAUGUUAAUUUCUUCUGAGAUUCCUGUUGGCUUUUAAAGUUGAAUCAAUGUAGGUUUCAUAUUAUUCCAUUGUUAAAUAGUAUAUUUUAAACUUUUCACAGAGAUUAACAACAACAUAAGCCUCCAGAGAGUUGAAAAUAUAUGGAACAUCUACUGUAUUUUGCAAACUUCUACACAACUGCUUAGAAAUAGAAUUGCUUUUGUUUUGGUCACCUGCAAAAGCAGACAGUGCAGAUGAAUCCCUAGCUCCGGGCUGCACGCGUGUUUGGCAGCUUUCGUCCUGAGUCAGGUGUUGUGGCUGGCCUUCCGCCGCUUGUCACUGUACCGGUGUGUCGUGGGCGUUCCUCACGCUGUCUGCGGUCAUGACAUCUAGUGAACAAUGUGCUAGACCCUAAAAAUCACCAUACUUUAAAGUACCUAGUUCUCGUUAUACUGUGUUCUGCCAAGGGUUUGACCAUUCCACAUGAAGGCUUAGAGCUUACUCUUGGAGUACUGAAUGUGCAAUAUUUUUUUACAUCAUAAGAUGUAUUAGUUUACAGACUAUGCCUUGAAAUAAUAGUAGUAUUUUGCUGUGGCUUCAUUAAAUGAGAUAUAUAUUUACUAUAGGAAAAAGACAUUAAAGACAUCUACUAGUUCACCUGUGAAGAGUGUGUACAUUUUGAUUUCUAUUAAAGGCACAUUAAUUUACAGAC